AUGACUGCGGAGUCAAACGAGAACUUCGACCUGAAUCCUCGAGCGAGUCUACGACAUUCCUCUUACAUUGACCCUUCCACCGGCGCCCGACUGAGCAAAACCUUUACUUUACACAGCUACGAUGCGGACAAUGGAUUCCAAGCGGAUGAUCAUGUGGACGACAGGACGCCUCUCCUCGCAGGAGGCCAGACCCCCGAGGAAGAUGCUUCAUGGGGAGACGAUGGCGGACUCAUAUCCAAGAGUAGGGAUUAUGCGAAGCGGAUUCGAGUCUUCGUGCUCUCUGAUACGGGCAAAGCAAUUUUCAAAUGCGCUUUGGCAUAUCUCCUGGGCAGCCUGGCCACCUUCGUUCCACCGUUGAGUCAAUUGUUUGGUCGGCAAGAUUCUAAGCACACCGUAGCCACCAUUACAGUUUACUUUCAUCCUGCCAGAUCGUUUGGAAGUAUGCUCGAUGCCUUGAUCCUUGCCACAUUGGCCUUCCUCUACACCGCUGUUGUUUCGCUCCUGAGUAUGGCUGUAUCCGUCUUCUUCGCAGACACUGUCCAUCUUAUUAAGUUGGGACAUGCAAUUGUUCUGAUUGUUUUCGUCGGGGGUGGCUUGGGUUUCGUGGGCUGGAUCAAGCUUAGAAGGAAUGAUCCGUUGGUGAACAUUGCGUGUUCGCUCACAUCCUUGGGCUUGAUUACAAUCCUUACCAAAGAGGGAGCUGUUCAGGCUGGGGACUAUUCAAUGGCGAAAAUCUCCCAGAUUCUCAAAAUGAUCAUCGCCGGGGUCAUAGCAACAAUGCUGGUGUCAUUUUUCAUCUUUCCGAUAUCUGCCAGGGCCAAACUGAAAAAGAAUCUCCUCGACGUUACCGAUUCACUGGCUGACAUGCUUGCCCUGAUUACGAGCAGUUUCUUGUCCGGUGAUGAAGAAGAACUGGAGAAUAGUGUUUUCUCAGGAAUCAGCGAGCGGCACAAAAAGUUCUCUUCCACGAUCACUCAGAAUUUGAAAGAAUCAAAAUACGAACAUUACCUGCUAGGUACCGAAAGGCAAGCUUUGAUUGAAGGCCGACUUGCGCAUUGUAUUCUGCGAAUUUCACAAAGCAUUGGCGGUCUACGAAGCGCUGCCGCCAUGCAAUUCGUCGUUACCAAGCAACCUCCUUUCUCUUCCUCUUUGCAUUCGCCGAUGUUGUAUGGUUCGAUGGCACCCUUCGGCACAAAUUCCAUGGUGAGCUCAAAAUCUAGGACCGAUGACAGGACUUUAUUCAACCACUCCAAUCCCCCGUCACCUUAUCAGCUACCAAUGCAAGGAAUGCCCGAACAAAUUCAGCAACAACCUUUUCGGACUCCCGCCCAAAUAUUUGAACUGUUUAUUCAGAACCUUGGCCCUUCGAUGAGAUCCUUGGCGUUCACAAUGAAAGAGAUUUUGGAUGAUUUUCCCUUUGACACAUCAAAGAAUUAUGCCAUCACCACGAACCCAAAAUUCAAGAUGAGUCUCGACCGUGCCUUGGAUUUGUACAAGGAAACGCGCCGAAAGUCCCUCGCCAUCGUCUACGGCCAGAAAGAUAUGGAUCGUUCCCGACCGGUGCCAGUACAAGCCGAUUGGGAAGAUGCUGCAGCAUGCUGUGGGCACUUCUCGUUCUCGCUGGUAGAGGUGGCCGAAUCCAUCAAGGAAUAUCUGGUCGUGUUAGACGAGCUUCAACUUGAGGUUGAUGAAGUGCCAUUUGGCCAGAGCUGGGAUUGGUUGAAAUUCUGGCGAUCAGCAGAUUAUCAAACGGACCUUGACAGCAGCGAUCCUGACAUUGUCGAGCUGAUCAAGAGGGCCAACGAGCUUGAUCUACAUCUGGAUGGAAGGCCACUCAGGACGGCCCGUCCGCAGGAUGUCCCCUCGUGGCCCGAUCGACUACCUAUCAAACAGAUGCUGUUUCGGAAGAUUUAUGAUGCAACAACCUUCUUCCGACGCGACGAUAUCAAAUUUGCGAUCAAGGUUGGAUUGGGCGCCAUGCUGUACGCAUUGCCGAGCUUCAUCCCCUCAACACGGCCAUUCUAUGCACACUGGCGAGGAGAAUGGGGAUUGCUUUCAUACAUGCUUGUCUGCAGCAUGACCAUUGGUGCAUCGAACACCACUGGCUACUCACGUGUACUGGGAACAUGCUUGGGGGCCGGACUUGCAGUGGCGGCGUGGGAGAUAUCCAACGAAAAUCCCUUCGUCCUGGCAUUUUUGGGAUUUUGCAUGGCAUAUUGGACAGCAUAUAUCAUCAUUGGCAAGGGAAAGGGACCCAUGGGGCGUUUCAUCAUGCUGACCUAUAACCUCAGCGCACUAUAUGCGUACAGCCUCAGUGCUCGUGAUGACGACGACGGAAGAGACGAAGAGGACCCAGGAAAGAAUCCUUUGAUUAUCCAAAUCGCUUGGCAUCGAGUGGCCGCUGUGAUUUCUGGCUGCAUUUGGGGCCUGCUCGUCACGCGUGCCAUCUGGCCUAUAUCUGCGCGGCAAAGGCUGAAAGACGGUCUUUCACUCCUCUGGCUUCGUAUGGGACUGAUCUGGAAAAGAGAUCCCCUGGCUACGUUGACCGACGGAAUUCAUUCGGAAAGAUACAUGAAUCUCCAGGAAGAGUUCCACCUGCAAAGAUUCCUGGCUAAGCUUCAGGGUCUUGCAGAGGCAUCAAAGAACGAAUUUGAGCUGAGAAGACCAUUUCCCCGUGCGACCUAUGCCCGGAUUCUUAAGAGCACAGAACAAAUGCUGGACGCCUUUCAUGCCAUGAAUGAAGUGAUUCGAAAAGAUCUCCAUACAUCGCCCGGGGAGGAGGCACUGCUCAAGGCCACGGUCAAUGAACGAGCCCAACUGUGUGGUCGAAUCAGCCACUUAUUCAGCGUUCUUGCAAGUUCGAUGAAGCUCGAAUAUUCAAUCGCCAUUGAUGCCUUGCCUAGUAUCGAACAUACCCGAGACCGACUGCUGGCAAAGAUCUUUGCAUAUCGGAGAAGCGAUGCCCAGGAUCAAAUGACCAGUGACGAAGAUUAUAGUCUGUUUUACACAUAUGCACUUGUCACUGGGCAAUUGAGCCAGGGAAUCCAGAAUGUGUUAAAGGAGGUGGAGAGUCUGUUCGGCGUUUUGGAUGAAGAAGCACUGAGACUUGAAUAA